ACGGUUAUUGCCGGCUUAAUUAAUUAGUGAUUAAAAGGUUCGACGCUUCAGUUUCUGCGCAAACCAUUCUAUUUGUUUGCGAGAUCGCAUAGCUGCGAUAUUAGCGCCACUUGUCAAGAACUCCAACAACUUAAUCAAGGAGCAUAAUUCCAUAGUUUUCAUCACAUUUUUCAAUUAAAAAGCUAUAACUUUGCAAUAAUAAUAACAGUAUGUACGAAUUGAGUACCACUGAGCAAAGUUAAAGAACUACUUUCUGAUAAUACUUUACUAUCAUAGGAGUACAAUGACAUCGAUAUUCUGUAUUACCUUCAUUAAAGGCAAUUCCAUCGGAUAUUUAACUCGAUUAUGUAAGGCAUCAAAGAAUUUUAAUAUUGUGACACAAGUGGCAUUUAUGAAAACAUUGUCAAAUAAACCCUUUACACCUAAACCAGCUCCAUUUCCUUAUUGGAAAAAAUUAUGUAAUGAAAUAAAUAUGACUUUUGAUCCAACAACUCUCAGAUUUGAUGAAAAUACCAAAGUAAUAGUCGUAGAUGGCCCUCCUGCAUCAGGAAAAAGUAAACUUUGCGAACAAAUAGCAAAGGAAUUUGGUUUAUUAUAUAUGCCACCACCAGUAUUUGAUGAAAUGUAUAUAAAUUAUUAUGGAUUUGACGUACGCAGUCUAAAUCCAAAACUGAAAGAUGAGUGGCGUAUGCGUGAUCUGACAGAUUUCCUAAGAGAUCCUGAUAACAGGGGAACAGCCCGUAUCCAAUACGGAAUAUUUAUGAUGAGAAUGGAACAAUACUUAAAUGCGUUACUUCAUGUUUUGGCAACUGGACAGGGAGUGGUUCUUAAUCGUUGCAUCUUUACAGAAGCUGGUUAUAUGCAUGCUAUGUAUAAUUCUGGGUAUCUUAGCAAACAAGCUGUGAAUGAAUUUGAUAUGAUGAGGACAGACACAUUCAAUUUUUUGCUGAGACCGCAUUUAAUUAUAUAUUUGGAUGCAACCCCAGAGACUGUUCUAGAAAGAAUUAAAAAACGAGGUAACAUAGACGAAAUAAAUUCAAAAGUCUUUACAAAAAAAUUUUUGUCAGAUCUGAGCAUCGCGACUAAAGAAAGAUGCUUGUCUUGGCUAUCUUCUCAUUCAGAGAUAUUAAUCUAUGAUUGGAACAAAGAGAGCAAUAACAUGGAUAUAAUUAACGACAUAGAAAACUUAAAUUUAGAAGAAGAAAUUAAACAAGAAAAAUUUAGUGAUUGGGUAUUUGUUGAUACUAAUGAAUUAAUCGACUCAUUAGAAAUGUAUCAUACUAAGAAUCAUAUAUAUGCUUGCUUGGAAAAAACGACAAUAUCGGAAAUUGCUCUAGAAAUGUACGUUUCAAAUGAUGCAGAAGCUGCUAUAGACAAGCUACUUAGUGAAAUCGAAUCCGAAAAGUAUGCACCUAAAUGUAAUCCAAAACUUGAUAAAGUUCCAUGGAUUAUAAAGGAGAAAUAUUUCAUACUCAGUGCGUGCCGUCGUACACCCCGCGACUUUAUAAAUUGCGAUCUAUUUAAAUUACCUUGUUAAUAGCUACGUUAAAACUAAUUUGUAAUGAUUUAGAUCAAAAUAAAUUGUUCUCGUAGUAGAAAGUAA